AUGGACACUGAGUCGUCGUCAGAAGAAUUCGAGACCGAAGAAAUUGCCGAGGCAGCACUUAUAGCCAAAUUCCUUCCCGAGGACACAGAAAGUUCAUCCCAGAUAAGCAUCGAUAAAGGGGGAGAGUCUUCAGAGGAAAUCAGCAGUUCAGGAGGAGACAUGGAUAACGAGAUUGACAAGAUAAGUCAAAAAGGAGAAACAGUGAGUCAACUCCAUGAGAGGAUCAAAGACAUCCUCAACGGACUCCACGCGAUAGGCCAGCAAAUGGAGAAUUGCAAUCUAAUAAGGAGGAAGAAAAACUUUAGCAAAAAGAACCUGCAAGAGAUCAACUCCCCAUCUGAAUCAAGGAACGUGACUUGCUUCGGGUGCAACCAGAAAGGCCACUACAUGAAUGAGUGUUUGAGAUUGAAGAACAACAAGUCGAAGACAUCCAAGAAGAAGGCUCUCAAAGUAACCUAG